GUACCUCUUAUAAUGUACAUAUUUCGUGCAAUUUUUACCGAACUGAGCAGCCCUGUAACCAAAUCAGCUGUUCGUUUGCUGCUAUUGGAAAUUUGUUAUUAACAAAUAUAAACAAAGGAUAGAGUGUGAAAAAUUAGAUCUCGAUAAAAUGCUGACCGCUAAAAUUGGUAAAGUAGGUAAAGUGCUCAUUUGUGGCAUGAAAGGUGUGGGAAAAACCGCGCUACUGGAACAAUUAAUUUAUGGCAAUGUCAACAUGGAUACGGAGAUUCAUCCUACAAUUGAGGACAUAUAUGUAGCAAGUGUUGAUACAGGUCGUGGCGGCGCACGUGAAACGCUCCGUAUCUACGACAGUGCUGGUCUACAAGGGAAGGGUCAACUGCCGCGGCACUACCUUUAUUUUCCCGAUGGUUAUGUACUCGUAUACGAUCCAACAGAUCCCAGCAGCUUGGACAUGUUGGCCGAUAUCAAAACUGAUAUCGAUCGUAACAAGGAGAAAAAGGACAAUGUUGCAAUA